GGGAAACUUUCAGCUGGUUUUCUCUCGGAAUGUGCCUAAAGCGGAAAGGUUUCGAGCAACUCGAGCAGGGGAGGGAUGAGGGGACGGAACUGUCUUGCUUUUAAGGAAGGGAUCUAAAGCAUCCCCCGAAAAGGGGCGCGUUCUUUUCCUCCUCCAAGUUCUGUAGAGGGGAAAAAGGGAUCCCCCAAGAAAUGCAACUGAGGGGAGGAGAGAGAGCACUCCCCGUUGUGUGAAAGUUGAACCAGGCAGCCCCCCCCCUCUGCCUGUAUGUAAAUAAGGGACGCGAGGGGUGGGGCAGGGGAAGGAGUCGCACCGCGGCCGCCGGCGCUUCAGGGGCCGCCACCUCCUCCUUCUCCUCCUCUUUACUCCCCCACAAACACCCAGGCGGCGGCGGGAGCAACAACAGUAGUCGCGGCAGCAAUAGCAACAAACACGUGUUUGGUUUUGGGGCGCCAUGGAAUUCGAGGAGCUCGGGAUCGGGGAAGAAUGCGGCGUGUUCGGCUGCAUUGCCUCCGGCGUGUGGCCCUCGGAGCUCGACGUGCCCCAUGUGAUCACGCUGGGUCUGGUGGGGCUGCAGCACAGAGGCCAAGAGAGUGCUGGGAUUGUGACAAGUGAUGGAGAGUCAGCCCAUACAUUUAAAAUACACAAGGGAAUGGGUCUGGUUAAUCAUGUGUUCAGUGAAGACAGUCUGAAGAAGUUGUAUGUUUCAAAUCUUGGAAUUGGCCACACAAGAUAUUCUACUUCAGGAGUUUCUGUCUUGGAUAAUUGUCAACCAUUUGUAGUGGAAACACUGCAUGGGAAGAUUGCUGUAGCCCACAAUGGAGAACUCACAAAUGCUCCGAGGCUGAGGAGAAAGCUAAUGCGCCAUGGAGUGGGGCUGUCUACCAGUUCUGACAGUGAACUUAUUACUCAGCUGCUGGCAUUUACUCCUCCUUUAGAGCAAGAUGACUCGCCAGAUUGGGUUGCAAGGAUCAAAAACCUGAUGAAUGAAACACCCACUUCAUACUCACUUCUGAUUAUGCACAAAGAUAUAAUCUAUGCAGUACGUGAUCCAUAUGGGAAUCGUCCACUCUGCAUUGGUUGUCUUGUUCCAGUAGGCGAUAUUAACAGCAAAGGGAAACGCAAUGCUGAAACGGAAGGAUGGGUAGUUUCCUCAGAAUCCUGUAGCUUUUUAUCUAUUGGUGCAGAGUAUUACCGUGAAGUCAUGCCAGGAGAGAUUGUGAAGAUAUCUCGAUAUGAUGUGCAAACAUUGGAUAUUGUACCAAGACCUGCAGGAGAUCCGUCAGCAUUCUGUAUUUUUGAAUAUGUGUAUUUUGCAAGGCCUGACAGCAUCUUUGAAGGUCAAAUGGUGUACUCUGUUCGAAGGAGAUGUGGCCAACAGCUAGCUAUUGAAGCCCCAGUGGAAGCAGAUUUGGUUAGCACAGUCCCAGAAUCAGCAACAGCUGCAGCCCUUGGUUAUGCACAAAAGUGUGGCUUGCCAUACAUUGAAGUAUUGUGCAAAAACAGAUAUGUAGGAAGAACUUUCAUUCAGCCAAACAUGAGAUUAAGGCAGCUUGGUGUGGCCAAAAAGUUUGGAGUCCUGUCAGACAACUUCAAAGGAAAGCGUAUUGUCCUUAUUGACGAUUCUAUUGUGCGAGGCAAUACCGUUUCACCCAUAAUUAAACUACUAAGAGAAUCUGGUGCUAAAGAGGUACACAUUCGUGUGGCUUCACCUCCCAUAAAAUUUCCUUGUUACAUGGGUAUAAAUAUUCCAACAAAAGAAGAACUCAUUGCUAACAAGCCUGAAUUUCAUAACCUCGCCAGCCACAUAGGAGCUGACAGUGUCGUUUAUCUUUCAGUAGAAGGACUGGUAUCAUCUGUGCAAGAAAGCAUCAAAGCAAGACAAGAUAAUGAAAAUAAUCUAAAGACCAACAAGUUCCGGACUGGGAAAAUUGGCCAUUGCAUAGCUUGCCUUGUUGGAAAAUACCCUGUAGAGCUAGAAUGGUGAAUUCUCCGUCACAAAUGAAAGAACAUUUGGAACUGAUUAAGUGUAUCACUGCCAUACACCUUGUUUGAGAUGGUGAGGAGCAUAACAAAACAAAAUCUUAGCAAUCACACUAGUGCUGUAUCUUUGUGGUUAGGGAGGAUGCAUCAAGCCUCUUAAUUCCUGAAAUAGUAUAAUUUUACUAAGAAACCUGGAAUGCUCCUUGGACUUUUAUUCAUAACUAUAGUUCCUUACAAAUGACAAGGGAGAGGCUGGGAGCCAUUCAGCUAUCUCAAAUUUUAAGAUGUAAUCAGAAAAAAAUAUAUAACUUGGCUAUCUAUAAAUGAGAAACUUCGAAGUUCAGCCAUUUGGACUCUUGAAUCUGAAAAAUGGCCAGAAACUUGACUUCAUUUUUUAAUGCUUAUAUAAAAUCUGAAGAACUUGCCGUAGCUAACUGAUGAGGUGCCAGGGCUCAUUCUGGUUGCCAGUUGGCACGUGACUAGAGUGUAACACUUUGUCUCUUAGUUGCAAUGUGCUACAGCAAGUAAGAAUUCUGGCCAAUGUCUCUAUUUUUACUCAUAUUACUAUAAACCCAUCUUAUAACAUGCUUCCAAAGAGACUGUUGUUUUUACACAAUAUUUUUUACACAGAGAGAUUGGAAGACUCAGGGAAAUAUUAAACCAGAAGUCUGACACCUUGAGGCUUAGUGAUUUAAAGUUUGGCUGCUUUAAAAGUACUUAUAUUGUGUCUUACAGGGAUGUGAUAGGGAAGAUCGGAUAGGAUGACAAUCAUCUCCUGUACUAUCAAUUAGACAUUAAGGGCUGAUUUUCUCCAUUAUAUACUUUCACUUUGAACGCUGACUUAAGUGUAGGCUGAAUGAAUGUUUUUAUUUGCUUUUAAAGCUUCAAAGAAGACUUCAACAUUGAAAAAUUAACAUGCAGACUCAUUUUAAUGGAGGAUUUUAAGAAACAUAAUGUUCUUAAUUUAAUAUAAAAGCAUUGCUCAGUUUCUGUGA